UCUGACGGGGAGAGUGGUCCAGACCAAGUGCAGGAGGCCCCAGGAUGCCAUUCUGAGGUUCCACAGCGGACGCCUCUCCGCCUGGGCACUGUCCUCCGUGAGUAGCUCCAGGAGCCUGCUGGCCACUCACUCGGGUGCUACAUGGCCUCAAGCCAUGGCCUGCCAUCUCCCGAGGAGGACCAAUCCACCAUGCCUGAAGUCAAAGACCUUUCAGAAGCUUUGCCAGAGACAUCGAUGGAUCCCAUCACAGGAGUGGGGGUGGUGGCUUCUCGGAACCGAGCCCCAACAGGCUAUGAUGUAGUCGCACAGACAGCAGAUGGUGUGGAUGCUGACCUCUGGAAAGACGGCUUAUUUAAAUCCAAGGUUACCAGAUACCUGUGUUUCACGAGAUCAUUUUCCAAAGAAAAUAGUCAUUUAGGGAACGUGUUAGUGGAUAUGAAGCUCAUUGACAUCAAGGACACUCUGCCUGUAGGCUUCAUCCCAAUUCAGGAGACGAUGGACACACAGGAAUUGGCUUUUAGAAAAAAGAGGCUGUGCAUUAAAUUUAUCCCACGGGAUUCAACUGAAGCCGCAAUCUGUGACAUUCGGAUCAUGGGCCGGACCAAGCAGGCCCCUCCUCAGUACACAUUUAUCGGGGAACUGAACAGCAUGGGGAUCUGGUACCGAAUGGGCAAAGUACCGAGGAACCAUGACUCAUCUCAACCCACAACGCCUUCCCAGUCAUCAGCUGCUUCCACCCCGGCCCCCAACCUCCCCAGGCACAUCUCACUAACGCUCCCUGCUACCUUCCGAGGCAGGAACAGCACUCGGGCUGACUAUGAGUACCAGCACUCCAAUCUGUAUGCCAUAUCAGCAAUGGACGGUGUGCCUUUCAUGAUCUCAGAGAAGUUUUCCUGCGUUCCAGAAAGUAUGCAGCCCUUUGAUCUCUUGGGAAUCACCAUCAAAUCUCUGGCAGAAAUUGAAAAGGAGUAUGAAUACAGCUUCCGCACGGAGCAGAGCGCGGCCGCCCGGCUCCCGCCCAGCCCCACCCGGUGUCAGCAGAUCCCCCAGUCCUGAGGGGCCGGCCACCACCCUGUCCCCGUGAGGAGAAGACGCAGCUGCCCAGACUACUGAGCGCCCCUCCCUCGCCCAGGCCUUCCUGCCCACCCUUCCCUGCCGGCCCACCGUGGGGCUCACCCGGGAGACUCUGGGCAGCUGGGCUCUGACCUCCUUGGCCCUCAGCUUGCCUAACGGGACACCCCCGCCUCCCUGGGGACACUGUUCAUAAUCGCCACUAAUCUGUGUUUGCUGUAGUGACCAACAGCUCUUAACGUGUCUGUGUGACGACCGGCCCUCCUACAAAUGACCCUACCCACCCCGGGAGUCACCCCGAGGGCCCCGCACGCGUGCUGGAGCUGCCCAGUGACGCCGCCGGCUCCCUUUCCUCCUGACUGUUGCCUGCCACAGAG